AUGUCAGUUGCAACUCUGAGUAAUGAUGAAGAAGAAGAUGCAGAUCAAGUGUAUGAUGAAAAUACUAGAAACUUUGUUGCCUUCUUCACUGCGACAGAGAUCCAGCUAGAUGAUGCAUUAUGGGCCCUAAGGACCGCAUUCAAGACUCCUAUUGGUGUUUCCCCGUUUAAACUUGUGUUUGGGAAGUCAUGUCAUUUGCCGGUUGAGUAUGAACACAAGGCAUAUUGGGCAGUUUCAAGGUUGAAUUUGGAAGAGGACUCGGCAAGAGAGAAGAGGUUGUUACACUUGAAUGAGCUUGAGGAGUUCCGGAUGGAUGCCUAUGAGAAUGCAAGGAUCUACAAGGAAAGGACCAAGUAUUUUCAUGAUAAGAGAAUUUUGAGGAGGAACUUUGAACCGGGUGACCAAGUGUUACUAUAUAAUUCAAGACUCAAGUUGUUUCCCGGUAAACUCAAGUCGAGGUGGUCGGGCCCUUUCCGAGUAGUGGAACAUUACCCAUCGGGCGCCGUUUCAAUUGUGGCUAAGUCGGGAGAUCCUUUUAUGGUGAAUGGACAAAGGUUGAAGCUCUUCAAUGAGCCGGAAUUCAAAGAAAAGGAGGCUAAUGUGGUUUGGGAUCUCUUCUAUCCCUCAUACACUUGA